AUGGAGUUACAUGCCGCUGGUUUCAAUGCAUGGAACCAGUUGCAUUUCGAGGCCCGGCCUGGCGAAGUUACUGCGGACUCCGAGCCGGACGACAUUAGUUCCUUCACUCGAGUAUUGGCCGCGGGGGAUAUUGGAAUCCCUGUCUCCGGCUUGUCUUUUACCCUGGUCGAGACGCAGGGUGGUAAGAUAGUGGCAGCUGGUUUUCUUGAGGGAGAUGCCAGCGAGGUUAGUCUACGCCAAGCCUAUCAUUCCGUGACGACCGCCACCGGCGAGACCCUUCUAAACUACGAGGUCAAGUGUUCGGAUAUCGCUAGUGGCUCGCAAGGCUCCGAACUCCAGUCUCCCUUACGCAGCCAAAAUGUGCAGCAACUGGCUGCUUACGACACUGGCUUCGUCGCCCUACUAGACGACGGCUCCGUUUGGGUAAAAGGCGAUGAGCGAUUCCCAAACUGCCUUGCCGUCAACCCAGAUGAAGAACGGACCCCUGGCUCUUGGAAUAGGAUUCAGUGGCUUGAUGACCUACCGACAGGUCCGAUUGUGAGGAUUGCAGCUGGAGGAUACACCCUUGCAGCUCUCACAGAAGGUGGAGACCUCUACUGCUGGGGCGGACGGCCAUCUCAGCAGCCCCUGUUUGAAGGCCUCUCUAAUAUGCCAAUUCCUGUAGACGUCGCUGAUGGCGAUGUGAAAGAUGUCGCAUUAGGCGAGCGUCACAUCAUAGUGCUCACAGUAGAUGGCCAUGUUCUGGUCCGGGGCUCCAACAAGAGCGGCCAGCUCGGACUCGGGCAAGAUGGUCCCACUAGGGUCGAAGAUUGGAAGAGAGUCGAAAACGUUCCAUGGAAUACUAACUGGGACAUCGAACGGGUAGCGGCCGGUAGUAAGGCCUCAUUUAUCAUUACCCGCAGGGCUGGUGGAAAGUAA